UAUUGACAAUUCUUUGUGAAGUGAGACAGAAUUGUUUUAUGGUUGAGAUUUUUCGAGUAACUUCCAAAGCUGGAAAUAUUAUCUGUAUAUAAAGUGAUUUAUGUAAUAAAUAUUUAAUUAUUCGAAGCGAUAUUAUAUGGCGAAGUACUUCUAAGUGUUUGGAAAUAACGGUUUAGUGUCGAUUUUAAUUAUGAACUGAUUAUAUUCCGACAUGGCUGCUACUAGAAAAUUACAAGGAGAAAUCGAUCGCUGCCUUAAAAAAGUAACAGAAGGUGUAGAAACGUUCGAGGAUAUUUGGCAAAAAGUUCACAAUGCUACGAAUAGUAACCAAAAGGAGAAAUAUGAAGCAGAUCUCAAAAAAGAAAUCAAAAAGCUCCAGAGGCUUCGAGAUCAAAUUAAAAGUUGGAUAGCUUCAGCCGAAAUCAAAGACAAAAGUGUUCUUAUGGAUAAUAGAAAGCUAAUAGAAACGCAAAUGGAACGAUUUAAAGUUGUCGAAAGGGAAACAAAAACGAAAGCAUAUUCAAAAGAGGGUUUAGGAGCUGCGCAAAAACUAGAUCCAGCGCAGAAGGAAAGAGAGGAAAUUCAGCAUUGGUUAGUGGCGUCCAUUGAUUUAUUAAAUAUACAAACGGAUGCUUUUGAAAGUGAAAUUGAGUCGUUACUAGCCAACAAGAAAAAGAAACUUGAUAAAGAUAAACAAGAAAGAAUGGACGAAUUAAAAGGAAGGUUAGAAAGGCACAGGUUUCACAUACGAAAAUUAGAAACGUUGUUACGAAUGCUUGAUAAUAUGUCUGUUGAAGUUUCUCAAAUACGAAGGAUAAAAGACAAUGUUGAAUAUUACAUAGAGUCUUCAAUGGAACCUGAUUUUGAGGAUAAUGAAUUUAUCUAUGAUGAUAUAAUUGGGCUGGAUGAAGUAGAAUUAUCAGGUGUCGGGCUUCCUUCAUCAGCCACAACUGACAGCAACGAAACUGGCGGAACACCAACUUCUAUUAUUUCGGGAUCAUCCCCAAUUGCGUCGCCGGCGUUAGGGGGACAACCUUAUAACCAUUCCAGUGAUAGUUCAAAUGAAGCUGAUAAGAAAGCAAUUUUCAAAGACGCUCUUAAACCUGUUAAACCAACAGCGGUCCGAGCGACGUCAGCGAUGAACAGCACCAACAACAAUUCCAUUUUGAGUUACAGUUGUAACAGUACGACGUCUACACCUAGCAGCAAACCUGUCCUAGUUAGUAGUACCCCUAGUAAACAGUCAGUAAGGGAAACAUCACCAGUGGCGUCUCAGUUGAAUUCAACUGGAAACUUUGCCACAGUCGCUGCAACUGCCACCACGCCGAAAGCAAACGCAACCAAUGGGGAAACUGUUAUGUCUUCUGUGAUAACAAACAAUAGUCAAGUUCAAGCGCAAAAUAAUACGGCUGUUGUUUCAAACGUGUCGUCGCAUACUCAAAAUUCGACGAGUGUACAUGUUUCACAAAACUCAAAUAACGUAUCUCAGAAAUUCAACGAACAGCAUGUACAAAACAGCAUCAGUCCUGAACUUAAUAAUAGCAGCAGAACGUCGCCGAUGACUAAUGCAGAUGUUACACACAUGCAGCAACUAAUGAACGGACCAACGACGGAGAACAAGAUUACAGAUGGAAUGUCUUCACUAAAAACAAUGGCCCAACAAGUGAUUGAUCGAGCUGGACUUGAAAGCAAUCAAGUAAUUUUAGAACCGAACAAAAUACACAACCAAGAAAAGUCUGACGCUCAUAUUCCACCCUUACUGGGUGUUGCCCCUCUUGGCACAGUCCCACUACAGAAAGAGCAUCAGGCGCAGUUUCAAUUAAUGGAAGCGGCGUAUUACCAUAUGCCACAUCCAUCAGAUUCUGAAAAAGUAAGAACUUACUUGCCGAGGAAUUCAUAUCCUACACCAUCAUACUAUAUACAAACACCACUACCACAUUCCGAUACGGUGGAAUUUUAUCAACGUUUGGCGAACGAAACAUUAUUUUUUGUUUUUUAUUAUAUGGAGGGCACAAAAGCUCAAUAUUUGGCCGCUAAAGCGCUUAAAAAGCAAAGUUGGAGGUUUCAUACGAAGUACAUGAUGUGGUUUCAGAGGCACGAAGAACCCAAGAUUAUUAAUGAAGAAUAUGAACAGGGAACAUACAUUUACUUCGAUUAUGAAAAAUGGGGCCAACGAAAAAAAGAGGGAUUUACCUUUGAAUAUAAGUACUUAGAGGAUAGAGACCUGAACUGAAUAAAGUAUUUAAAAAAAAUCGUGUAUGUAUUU